AAAAUGCCAAUAAAAUUAAAAAUGUAAAAAACAAACAAAAAAAAACAUCAUGGGUUCUCCAGAGUUAAACAUAUUUAAAAGAAGAUUUUUUUACAGGAUUUGUAUUUUUAUUUAAAAACUUGCUGUGAAGGUCGAUAUUUUUAACAAUAGUUUUGCUAUAUUUAAUGGUGUCUUUCUAGAAGUUUCUCUCUCUUCGUUCUACGGUGUUUUCUGAACUCCAGACAGUUGUAAGUCAAUCAGGCCACAGGGGGCGCUACAGCCUGAUGUUACUUCUGUGAAAUGAAUGUCAGCAGUUCUGCUCAGAAGAAGCAACAUUGCAAACUCCUGGACUUGUCACGAUGGUAAGAAGCUACAAAUGUCAGUAAAAGAAUCCUCUCUCAAUCCCAGAUGGAUGCAGUUUAAUGAAGAGAAGUACGACUAUGAAGGGCUCCCUUGAAAAAGAGGUUUUAAAUCUCAAUGGGAUCCACCCCUGGUUAAAUAAAGGUUAAGAAAGAAACUCCUCCAUCACGUUUGUUGACUCCAAAUCCAAGAAACUGAAGAGAUCAAAAGUAAAGAAUGAAAUUACUUUAAGUAAAACGUUUUCAUGAUAGUAUUGAAAUAUUCCUCAUAUUCCUGUUAUUGCUCUUAUGUUUUCUCCUGCUUGGCGUGCUGAUUAUGAGACAACGCGACGACUCGAGGAUGUGAUUCCAGGUCAGAAUGACUGGCAGAGGAAGAACGGAGAGCGGCGUCGCCAUGACGUCCGGAUUUGACGGCUCUUCUACUCGGCUCCUCCGAGGAGCGUUAUUAUUCCGCUCACAAACACAACAGCCUGGAAGCGAUGGACGCCGGAUUAAAGGAUAGGACUGUGUUGCAGCAAAAAACUGGGGGAGGUUAGCAGAGGACUACCUCAACAACUUGGGGGCUCGUCCGGGAUGAGGAGAUAGUUUUGUGGGAGGGUACCAGCAUCUUCAAGUCCAGGCUCACAUCAGAUAAGAAAAAACUGCAAACAACGAAGAGCGGCAGAAAAAAAACAUUAAUGAAAGCAGGAUCUGGUUUGUGACGGGAUGAAGGAGGUAAAUGUGUUCAGGCCUCAGUGACCAGGGGCUCAGGCUGUCCAGCACAGGUGGCCAGAGAUCCCCCCUGUUGUUGUUCGAGGCUGGAGGGCAGGCGAGCUUCUGUCGGAGUCCAGGAUCGUCGGACACGUGAUGAGGAGACGAGUCGCUGGUGGAGCCGAUGGGGCACGAAAGGAGAUUAUGCAUGUUUGGGAUCAAAACAUUCAGCACGUUUAUGACAUUCAGCAAUCUUCAUUCGGUAUCUUCAGCAAACAGCUUCAGCAUCUUUAGCGACCACAUUCAGCAAAAGCCUGAUCGCAGCAGGCGGCACGUUUGCUUUUGAAAACAUCUUUUCUGCUGGAUGUUGGACAAAAACCAGAAAAUUCACGAUGUUCCCUCGGAAGGAGAACCCCAUCCGUAAAGAGCUUUUUUACUGCUCCGCUUUGGAUUUGGUUCCAUUUCUCAAGAUCUGUGCGCAGACACAAACGCAGGACACAGAAUGACGCCUUGAAGACUAGAAGACUCGUGAAACUCGUAAGGCUCACAAGACGAUCUGGAAACGGUUGGCAGGAGAACGCCGACUAAAAUAGAGAGGCGUGUCGAUCAAGCACAGGUGUGUUCGUUAAGAAGGAGAACCAGGUGGGAGAAACAGAGAGAAGGAUAAAAGAGUUGUUUCCCGCGCGCAGGAGGGAAGGGAUCCGAGGCUGGACGCUGCCGUCAGAGAGGACCCCCCAAACGCAGACCUGGCUGCCCCCAUGCCUAUCGAAUUUGUUUGCAAAAUCAAAUUUGCAGAGGAGGAUGAGAAGCAGAAAAGCAAACAGGAUGGGGACAAGGAGAGCCUGAUCGAGGAGAGCUGCGCGCCUCCGGCCAAGGACUUGGCGGGCUUUGCAAACUCCUGCUCCCUCCAUGGAAUUAACCACAUCUUCGUCUCCGGGCGCCUCGGCAUCCGGCAGACGCUCUGGGCUCUCGCCUUCCUGACUUCCCUGGCGCUGUUUCUGUACCACGCGGCCAAAUGUGCCAUCUCCUACCUGGAGCACCCGCACGUGACGGCCCUGAACGAGGAAGCCUCUCCGGAGAUGGUCUUUCCCGCCGUGACCAUCUGCAACAUCAACCGCUUCCGCUUCUCCGCGCUCACCGACGCCGACAUCUACCACCUGGCGAACCUGACGGGCCUGCCGCCCAAGAACCGGGACGGGCACAAGCCCACCGACCUGAUGUACCCCGCGCCCGACAUGCAGGACAUCUUCAACCGGACGGGGCACCAGCUGGAGGAGAUGCUGAUGAGCUGCAACUUCAGCGGGCACAACUGCUCGGCGGAGGACUUCUCUGUGGUUUACACCAGAUAUGGGAAAUGCUACACUUUUAAUGGCAACAAGACCACAUCCAGGAAAACCAAGCAGGGCGGAAUGGGAAACGGGCUGGAAAUCAUGUUGGAUAUACAGCAGGACGAGUAUCUGCCCAUCUGGAGAGAGACAAACGAGACUUCCCUGGAGGCCGGCAUCCGCGUUCAGAUCCACAGUCAGGACGAGCCCCCCUACAUCCACCAGCUGGGCUUCGGCGUCUCUCCGGGCUUUCAGACCUUUGUUUCAUGUCAGGAGCAGAGGCUGACCUACCUGCCCCAGCCCUGGGGGAACUGCCGCUCCACCAGCAAGGAGAAGUUCCCCGGAUACGACACGUACAGCAUCAGCGCCUGUCGCCUGCUCUGCGAGACCAACGAGGUCCUGCGGGUGUGCAAGUGCAGAAUGGUUCACAUGCCAGGAACGGCAGAUAUUUGCCCCCCCAGUAAAAUCAGCUGUGUUGACAAAGCGCUGGCUCAGCUGCAGAAGAACAGCGGGGAUACCUGUCCCUGCGAGACGCCCUGUAAUCUCACCCGCUACGGGAAGGAGCUCUCCAUGGUCAAAAUCCCCAGCAAAGGCUCCGCCCGCUACCUGUCCAGGAAAUACGACAAGUCGGAGGACUACAUCAGAGAUAACUUCCUGGUGUUAGACAUCUUCUUUGAAGCUCUUAACUAUGAAACCAUCGAGCAGAAGAAGGCGUAUGACGUCGCCGGUUUAUUAGGUGACAUCGGUGGACAGAUGGGCUUGUUCAUAGGAGCCAGCAUCCUGACAGUCUUGGAAAUACUGGAUUACAUCUUUGAGGUGAUCAAGUUCCGCCUCCUGCGUCUGUUGAGGCCACAGAAGGAGGAGAAGAAGCCGCCAAAAAGCACAGUGGCCACCGUCAGCCUGGAGGAAAUGAAAGCGAAGGAGCCCAACGACACAGCGAGGAGUCACCCAGAAGGCGCCUACGCCAACGCCAUCCUCCCCAACCACCACCACCUGCACCCCCACCACCAUCGCGCCGGGCACCACGGGGUGUUUGAGGACUUCGCUUGCUAAAACAAACCAUUGUUUUCUGUCCUGGUGACAGCAAAAGAUAAGACCUGUCUGUGGCCAGAUCCGUAUCCGAGCCCCCAGCAUUCCCGGCAUUCCUUUGCUGUCACCAGGGAAAAGCUACGGCCAAAGUCGAACACCAAACUUGCGCUGCUAUCACUUGAACAGUACGUAGGCACAAAUUGGACUUUCCUUUUUCCAUUUCCGUCUGGACGGAACCUCAACUUUUGCGUUUUGGGCACUUAGAGACUACAAGGCCAGUUUGUUUCACCUUUUUUUUGAAGAGGAGGACUGCAUGAUCCGGCUUGUUCUACAAACAAGGAAAGAGGGAUUUAUUCAUCCGUUUGAGUUUUUAUUUUUUUACAUGUAUAUAUCGGCAGUUUUAAGUCCCACAACAAACCAUCACACCUGAUGAAUUCUGUAAUUAUUUAAAGACGCUAUUAUCUGUAUGUUCUAUAUCGUACACGACAUGAUGGUACUUCAGUACGCAAACCUUAUUGCUGUAUUCUUGUAACACCGUUUGAAGGGAGGCAGGUAAAACAUGGCGUUGGCGCUCCGGGUCGACCAUCCACACGAUACAGUUUGUCCGGUUUGUGGUGAAAGUGUUAGAGAGUAGCAGUGUACCUGUACAUAAACUGGAGAACUUUUUCUGUUUGAUUGUUGUUUGAGAUUAGUUUGACUUAUGUAAGCUCAGUUAUUUAUACAGUUUUUAUAUGAAAACACGAUUGUAGCAACUGCUGUUAACGGACUUUCUGAGACGACAGACUGCCAAGUAUUAGCACAUUCCUGCAGCGUGGUGGGACUCUUCUGUUUUCUACAGAACACGGAGUAUUUUGUUUUCAGGUGUUCCUCCUCUGCUCGUUUCUGCCGACCAUCCGCCCUCUUUGUGCUUACAGCUGACAUAAGCAAUAAGCCGUAGAACGAUGUUUCCUUUUCCAGUCUGAACCCCAGCAGCUCCUCACAGCGCUCGCCCGCCAUCUGAAGCUUUUGAGCACGCUAGCGUGACGCAGGUCAGCCCAACUUUUCCACGAGAAGGAAUCCCGUCAGGAAUCGGAUGAGCUUUCUUCAUUCCAUCUGAAAGACUGUGAUGUAGAUAUUGUAUCAGAGGCUGCAGGAAAUGAAUAAAGGUUAGAUUAAACAUGAAACGUCUGAAAGCACAAAUGGAAAAUGAAAUAUCAGAUAUUUAAGAGGAUUUACCAGUAAUUUAUCCUGUAAGAUCACGUUUGUUUUGUUACAUGGAAGUGAAAUUGUGUUUUAUCUCAAAUUUCACCAGGAUUUUGUGAAGUACUGAAUCCAUGAAUGUUCUUUCCUCACCAAGGAAAAUUUCUGGUUUGCUGCAAACUCAGAAAUGAUAAAAAUGACCAUUAAGGAAGGAUUUAUUCAAAAACAUCUAAAACUUGUGUGUAUUAGCGUGUCAUUAAAGGUUUUGACAGGU